GGACGCCUCAAUGUGUCACUUGUCAGUGUCAAUUCAAUGAUUGUUUGUUGUUAGCUUUUGUCAGUUUGACACUUGACAAUUUUUAGCAAAAAUAGUUGUAUUGUAUGUACUUUUGUACUGCUGAAGGGACUGUACUUUUUGUUAAGCAUAAAAGUGCUAUGAUUUUCUUUUGCAGCAAGAUUCUAUCAACGAAGACUACUGUGUAGACGUUUUCUAUUCACGAGACAGUUGUGUAACCGAGCUGUUUAACAAAUGGUGAUGGCCACGGGUAGCGUAUAUCAACAAGUUGGUGGCCCGGCUCACGAGGAGCCGCGCUGCGGGGUGUGGGUGGAGCACUCGUACGCGCGCGCGCGCGGCGCCGCGGCCGGCCCCACGCACUCCGUGCGCGUCCUGCUGGCGCCGCGCCCCGCCGCCGACGCGGCGCCGCUCGACGUCGAGCGACUCGAGCCCGCGCCGCCGGACCUGCCCGACGACGACGAGGCGCUACGACUGCUAGCGGAUGACGACGCCGACAGUGAACCGGACGACGAUUGGGAGGCGCGCGUCAUGGCCGCGGCGCCCACUACUGCUCACGCGCGCCUCGCUGACGCAGUGCUGGACAUCUUGCGCCGCGCCCGGCUCGAGCUACUGGCGGGCGGCCGCGCGGGCGAGGCCCUGCGCACUGCCGCGCGCCGCCUGCGACUGGCACUGGCCGCGCCCCCCAUGGCCGCCGCGCCCCCGCGCCCGCCGCCUGGCUGCAGGCGCAGCUGCCCCGCGGGCCGCGGAGACUCGCGCCACGGGCAGCCAAGGGCCGGCGGCGACCGACGGCGUGCUGAGCGCGGCGGGCGCCAGCGUGGGCGAGGGCGGAGCGAGCGCGCCGUGGCUGCUGUGGGUGAGCUGCGGCCACGCGCGCCAAGACCAGCGCUGGCUGCGCCGACUGGGGGCGCUGCUGCACACGCGCCUGGUGGCGGGGGGCGCGGGGGCCGGCGGGGGCGCGGGGGGCGCGGCGCUGACGCCCGAGGCGUGGUGCGGCGCGGCGGGGGCGGGCUGCGCGCGGCGCUGUCGGCGGCGCUGGGCGCGGCGGGCGAGCGGCCCGUGGUGCUGGGCGGGGCGGGCGCGGGCGCGACGCUGGCGGCGGGCCUGGCGGGCGGCACGCGGGCGCGGGCGCUGGUGCUGCUGGCGCCGGCGCUGGUGACGGCGGAGGGCGCGCGCGAGGCGGCGGAGGAGGCGCGGGUGCCGACGCUGGUGGUGUCGGGGGCGGGCGGGGCGCAGUGCUGGCGCGGGGCGGCGCGCGAGAUGUCGCGGCGCGUGCUGGAGCUGCGCGGGGCGGACGACUGGCUGCGCCUGCCGGCGCGGGCGCGGCGCCGCCGUCGGCUCCCGCAGGACGCAGUGGACGCGGCCGUGGCGGACGAGUGCGCGCGCUGGAUCCUGGACGUGGCGCUGGGCGCCGGCGGGGGCGCGCCGGGGGGCGCGGGCGUGGGGGCGCGCCGCCGCGAGGGGCGCGGCCUGCUGCGGGCGCUGGGCCCGGCGGCGGCGCCCGACGACGAUGAGGACUUCGCCCACCUGCCCACUAUACAAAUUAAAUUUCGAUUGCAUUCAUGUGCACAUCACCUGAUGUGCACAUGA